CACCCCUCGCCCUAUUCGAAUGGGUGUGAUCGGAUCUACCAUCUUGGGCAAGAAGCACUGUGGAUGGAGCACAGCCGGAUUCUACAAAUAGCUACCAGCCCUACAAGUCGAGACAAACAUGGAUAUUCUGUCUAGAUCCAAUGACCCCAUUCACCCCCUCGCACCAAACCCCCCACCUAAUCCCCCAACCGCGCGACCUCGCCCUCCACCCCCCGAAAGCUACCUCUUCAUCCAAGACGGCCUCAUAAUCGCCUGCGGCACGCUCUACGCCCUAUGCUACAUCUUCUGCGCCAUCCGCACCUACAGCGACCGAACGUACCCCGGCGCGCGCCACAAGUCCAUCCAAUUCAUGAGUCUGACGCUCGCGUACGAGCUCUUCUACGCGUUCGCGACAACGUCCUCCCGCUUCGAGGUCCUCGCGUUCCUGGCGUGGUUUGUGCUCGAUCUGGGGUUCGUGGGCGUGGCGCUGUGGAGGGCGCAUGCUGCGCAGGAGAGACGCGUGCUGGGGGCCAGGAUGCUGGCGUUUGUGGGGUUGGGGGUUGCAGCGUUGAAGGCUGCCACGGUUUGUUGGCCCGAUGAGAGGGAGCAGGUUACCGCGUUUUGGUCGGGCAUUUUGCUCCAGUUGCCCAUUGGGUGGGUUUGUUUGGGCGAGUUGAUUUCGGAGGGUGAUACGAGGGGGCAGUCGUUGGAUGUUUGGCUCACCCGCUAUCUGGGCUGUUUUACUGCCUACGGGGUGUUCUUCUGGCGAUACUGGAAUGUCCCCCAGAACUGGGGGUAUGUGGCUUCGUUGUGGAGUGUGGGGAUUAUUGUCUGGACGUUGGUGCCGGAGACGAUUUUCCCGUUUGUGUAUGUUUGGGUGCAUGUGACGAAGGUGAAGAGGGAGUAGAUGGGUUGAUGUGGGAUGGGUUUCUUGGGGAGUGGGGAGUACGAUUCUAUUUUUUUUUUUUUUUUUUUGGAGUUGGUUGGGG